AUGAUCUACAAAGUACUCGUACAUAAGGACGAUCAAUACGAUGUCCCCUCUUUUGUGAGUAGCAUUGUGAGAUUCCUCAAUACUCUGCAGCUUAUCUCAGAACUUUCACAUCAUCCUACGAUGGCUAUCUCCUGGACGAAACUCCCCCCUCCGGAGAGGGUUCCCUACGCAAUCCCUCAGCUGGAGGGAGAACGUAUUUCAAUUCCUGGCAGUAAGGGGGUAUUCCGUAUCCUAGCGUCCUCAAAGCAGACAAAUGGCUUGAUGGCUGUUUUCCAAAGCGGUGCGGUGCUGUCCGAUGCACCGGGAUUCCAUUACCACAACCACGCCCAUGACGUUUUCUUAGUUACAAAAGGCUAUCUAAAGCUAUGGAAUGGAGAUAGAUGCCGCAUCAUGGGACCAGGUGACUUUGCAUAUGCGCCACCGACAGUCGUUCAUAAUCCCGAAACGUUAGGUCCGCAUACAGAACUCUACGGCCUGAUAACUCCCGGGGAUUGGGUUGACUUCUUCCGACACGUCUCCGAGCCCUACGAGGGGCUACUGGUUCCCGAGAGUGACGACCGGGAUUUGAAGUCCCUGUUGAUACCCAAGGUUAUGGCUGCGAAGGAAAAGUUUGAUGUCGUCUUCCAACCAAACUAUCAACCUCCAGAUUUAGGAGACUGGACAAAAGAUGAUGAACGUCUCCCGGACUCUUCGCAGCCGUUUUACCUACGUGCCAACACCGGUCCAAGAUGGAUGUUGGGAGGUGUCAUGUCUCGGCCAUUUAUCACAACGACCCAAAGCAACGGGGUGUGCGCAAUUUCAAGUAUCGAAUCGUCCAACCAAUAUAGCCCUUCACUACUAUCAGAAUAUAUGACGUUCCACGAUGUGGAUCACUGCCUCUGUAUUCAAGAGGGAACCCUGAUCGUCCGUCUGAAGGGUUUACCGGAUGCUGUCUUCCGUGAAGGCGAAACGGUGGUCAUUCCAGCCGGUCAGACAUUUGCCCUAGCUUUCGGCAGCAAAUACGUACGUGUCUGGUCUUUCACAGAUGGAGAUGGCAUUGAGAGUCUGGUGCAUCGGUUGGGGACGCCAUUCGAAGGCGUUGUUCUGCCUGAUAGGGAGUUAGAAUGGGAUUCGGCCCAGGUUGGAUCUGUUGCAAAGGGGCUCAAUAGAGCGGCAUCAGUUGCGUAUAUCAAGGGAAUUACCGACAGCGUGAAAAUGACCGCUCAGCUAGCAUUUGUCAGUUAUGUUUCCGACUUAGAGAAGAAAGUAGAUGAGCUUUCCGCAAAGCUCCGCGUGGCUGAAUCUGAAAUUGCUUCUCAGCGCUCUCCUCGGUCUCAGAGAGAGACGACAGCCCCUGAAACAAGACAGGUACCCCAUGCCAUAAUAGAUGCAACUCCGUGUUCUAUGCCUCGGCAUGGCUCGACCCCAAGAGAAGAGAUAUCACUGUCAUACGACAAUCAUGACGAGGCCGGGGACUCCGUGGAAGAUGAAAUCAGCGAGCUUAAUCACCACACCAACGGCAUCGAGUUCCAUGGAAGCACAUCGUCAACUGCACUAAUAGGCCAUCUUCAAAAGAGGCACGAGCCCGGCCGAACUCAAGAGCAACAUAAUCUCAAUGGCGUGCCAGAGUACUCUAUAGUAUCUACACUACAUAAUUCAAGUUUCUCGCCCUCAUAUACGGCUGGCCCGGCGCAACCCGGGGCACUUCAUGAGCACAACUACUACUUUGAACAGGCUCAUGCAUUUAUGAACGGAUAUUUUGAGAACAUCCACUUUAUUCAUCCUUUGAUUGACAAAGAGGACUUCUGCCUGCGGGCUCAUGAUCUAUGGUUCAACCGAAAGAAACAACCAGAACCAAGUUUUGUCGCACUGUAUCUAAGCAUCCUCUCAUUUGGCGCCUUGGUUCGUGUUUGGGAUGAGGAGCGACUUGGAGGCUUAACGCGUUUCGAGUGGAGCCGGAAGUUGUUCGGGGAAGCCCAAGUCUAUCUGAACUAUUUGCAGUUUUCGAAUAAUCUGGACACAGUCCAGUGCUUGUACCUCAUGGCUAAAAUUUGCCAAAACGAGCUCAACCCGAACUUGGCUUAUAUGUACUUGGGCCUUGCUAUACGCACAUGUCUAGCAGCUGGUUUCAACAGGGAAGUGCGUAACUCUACAGAGCAAAGGGCAGGUUGGAUCUCCAAAACUUGGUGGGGCUUAUUCUCUCUCGAAAUUGAGAUGAGCUUUUCUGUUGGCCGUCCGGAUACUCUAGGAAUGGAUGAAUAUCACAAUCGAGCUCUUCCGGAAAGAGACGAUUCCGAAUACGCCAUCAUACCAUGGAUGGUUGAUUUUGCACAAAUGAUUCGUAAGGUGUCUGUGCAAAUCUACCAUUCACGAAUCACCUUGCAGGAUAAAUUGCAGGUCGCGCUGCAAAUCGAGGCUGAGUUGGAUAGAUGGAUGUUGAGACUUCCGGAGAGAAUUAAGCCGGAUGUCCUGAGGCAACGAGCAUCUGGCGGUACACUGCGAGACCCAAAGUGGGCUCGCCGGCAAAGAUUGGUCCUGGGUAUUCGCUAUUAUAACGUCAAGAUGCUCCUAUUUCGCCCUUUCCUGAGUCAUUUUACACGCAAAUUAAGACAUCCACCGAUCGAGCUGGAACAGACUAUCGGGAAGUGUCUUGACGCUGCGAUGAAAACAAUUGAAGUCAUCUAUGAUAUCUACCGAGUCCAUACGUUCUUCCGGUGCUGGUGGUAUAACACAACAUAUGUGAUGUUCGCCACAUCAACUCUGCUACUCCCCAUGGUCAAGCUUGGCAUGUGCCCUGAAACUAUCCCGUUGCGACGAUCCGUGGAGAUGGCGUUGGAAAUCUUGGAAGCGAUGGAUGAAUCGGUCGUGGCACGGAAGUCCGUUGAUCUAAUCAAACGUUAUCUCAAAGAAUUCAGCUUGUCGGACGCCCAAUCAAGUAUGGCGAACAUUGAAGGAAGUGUUCCGGCAUAUGCAGCGGAGACCCCUAGUCAGGGUACUUUUGAUAUACCGGAAUGGGCCCACGGCUUUGGAUUCCCGGACUGUUCGUUUGAAGGAAUCGCCCGGCUCUUCGAUGACAUAGGAGGACUGCCAAUGUUGGACAAUUGA